GAUUCGUUUGGAGCGGAUUCUACGAAACCAUUAGCGAGGUGAAGUUGUUCAUUUUAUCGAAAAACAUCUGUUCGGGUGACCAGCAAUUCGAUGAACAGAUUCGGCUUCAAACUUGGAAAUCUAUUCACCGUACAUUUUUGGUGCUUUUGAUGAGUUUGAGUUUAUAUUCACUGUUUCCAUUGAAUCCCUAUUACAUGAGAAGCUUUUCCUUUUGGAUCCAGCUAACAUCCCGCUAUUUUGGAUCGAUUGGAGGUCACAGUUUAACUUAUGUGAAUGUUGUAACCUUGAUAUAUUUCUUCUUCAGUCGGUAUUUUUGCUGCAGCUCCACGCUUACAGGAAUAAUUCGUGGUUUGACGGGAGAGCUCAAGUUGAUUGAAAAAGGGUACGAGCUCAUUCGGCUCCGAAUGAAAUUUGAGCAAUCAUCCCGAGCUGGUAUUUUUUACGAAACAUUCGAAUUUUGGAAGGAACUGCAGGACGAAAUCAAUGCCAUGACUCGACAGUAUCGAGCAGUUCUUGUUAUGUUUUUCAAAAUCAGCAAAGCAGUGCGUGUUGCAUUUUUUAUCAGUUACUAUUUCGUGGGUAGUACGGCAGCCCUUCUCUUGCUAGAAACCAUCCUGGUAGGAGGACUGGCAACCCUAGCCAUGGCUGUGAGUUGUGUUUCUGCUCUAAUCUUGGAAUGCUACUGGUAUUGCCGUUCAGUGGACAGUUUCAAUGAAGUGAACGAAAUGAUCGGGCUUAACACACUGGAAACGAUUGCAAAGAUUCCACACAUCGCAAGCCGGCAUCGAGAGUAUCGCAAUGUGACUGCCACUCUGAGACAAAUUCAUCUCAUUGCUCGUCAAGGGGUGACCAUUUCCUGUACCGAUUCUUUGAUCGUCAGCACCCCCACCGUUUCGGCGACAGUGCAUAUGAUCUAUACAGCUUUCACGUUUGUUGCAAAUGUCAACUAGGUUGGAUGUAUACAAUAUUGAUCCCUUGGAGAGUAAGAUUUCCUUUGAAUAGUUGCACGCGUUUAAUCUUAUAUAUAAAAAUGGAGGCGUUUUCUUUGUAACAACAUCACGUAUGAACGGACGGUCAAAAUGAAGUGAAAUUUGGUAUCCGAGGGUUUUUUGGGUCAAAGAUGAUUUGUAUAAUAGUUUCAAGAAUCUCACUUUCUAUGGAAGGCGGGUUUCUAUACAAAAUCAACUAGAAACGGGACAAAACUGGAACAGCUUGAAGGCGAUUUUCACAAAAACUGAUUCACGAGCACGAAGUAGUUAAAGAACUGGAAACAUUUUCCAACGAUAUAUUAA